CCUCCACCACCUAAUUGUACUCCUCCACCACCUCUAAUAAACUCCUCACCUCCUCCAUCACCAUCUCCACCUCCACCACCUUCUCCAUCUCCACCACCUCCAGUUAGGUCCCCACCUCCUCCAUUGCCAUCUCCACCACCUCCAGUUAGGUCCCCGCCUCCUCCAUCGCCAUCUCCACCUCCACCACCUUCUCCAUCUCUACCACUUCCAAUUAGGUCUCCGCCUCCUCCAUCGCCAUCUCCACCUCCACUACCUUCUCCAUCUCCACCACCACCAGUUAGGUCCCCACCUCCUCCAUCGCCAUUUCCACCUCCACCACCUUCUCCAUCUCCACCACCACCAGUUAGGUCCCCGCCUCCUCCAUCGCCAUCUCCACCUCCACCUCCACCUCCUUCUCCAUCUCCACCACCUCUAGUUAGGUCCCCACCUCCUCCAUCGCCAUCUCCACCACCUCCAGUUAGGUCCCCACCUCCGCCAUUGCCAUCUCCACCUCCACCACCUUCUCCAUCUCCACCACCUCCUGUUAAGUCCCCGCCUCCUCCAUUUCAAAUAAUUAUUCCACCAUUUCCACGACUACCUCCAUUACCAAUAGUUCUUCCAUCGAUUCCACGACUACCUCCACUCCCAAUAGUUUUUCCGUCUUUUCCACGAUUACCUCCACUCCCAAUAGUUCUUCCGCCAUUGCCACGACUACCUUCACUCCCAAUUCUGACAUUCCCAUUUCCCAUUGUUCGGCAACCAUAGUACUACAACUCACCUCCACUACCAUUGAAAUCUCAUGGUUAUCAUUAUUCAUCUUCUCCUUCUCCUUCACAUCUAAAACACGUUUGACUUUACAAUAAUUGCAUGAUAUUGCAUCUUGUCUCAAUUGAACUGUGUAAUCAAUUGGUGUUUCUCUUUUGAGAGAUUUACUUAUUUAGUGUAUAUUCUAAAUAAAAAUGAUUCGAAUGAA